GAGCCCAGGGCCGCGCUGGCCGCGCUGGAGGUGGGAUGACUCGAUCCCCCCUCCGGUCUUUUCCUCGCGGCUCGGGUACAAGCAAGUUCCAGAUGGACCCUGGGAAGGACGCGGAGGGGGUGCCGCAGCCCGCAGGGCCGCCAACAAGGAAGAAAUUUGUCAUACCGCUGGACGAGGAUGAGGUCCCUCCUGCAGGGGCCAAGCCCUUGUUCAAAUCCACACAGAGACUUCCCACCGUGGACACCUCUGCCCAGGCAGCGCCUCAGACCUACGCCGAGUAUACCAUCUCACGGCCUCCAGGAGGGGCGGGAGCCACGUGCCCCACGGGGUCAGAGCCCCUGGCAGGAGAGACCCCCAACCAGGCCCCAAAACUGGGGGCAAAGUCCAACAGCAUCAUCGUGAGCCCCCGGCAGAGGGGCAACCCCGUGCUAAAGUUCGUGCGCAAUGUGCCCUGGGAAUUUGGCGACGUAAUCCCCGACUACGUGCUGGGCCAGAGCACCUGUGCCCUCUUCCUCAGCCUCCGUUACCACAACCUGCACCCAGACUACAUUCAUGAGCGGCUGCAGAACCUGGGGAAGAACUUCGCCCUGCGGGUCCUGCUCGUCCAGGUGGACGUGAAAGAUCCCCAGCAGGCCCUCAAGCAGCUGGCCAAGAUGUGUAUCCUGGCUGACUGCACACUGGUCCUGGCCUGGAGCCCUGAGGAAGCCGGGCGGUACUUGGAGACCUACAAGGUCUACGAGCAGAAGCCAGCAGACCUCCUGAUGGAGAGGCCAGAACAGGACUUCGUCUCGCGGGUGACUGAAUGUCUGACCACUGUGAAGUCAGUCAACAAAACGGACAGUCAGACUCUCCUGACCACUUUUGGUUCUCUGGAACAGCUCAUCACUGCAUCGAGGGAAGAUCUGGCCUUGUGCCCGGGCCUGGGCCCCCAGAAGGCCCGGAGGCUGUUUGACGUCCUGCAUAAGCCCUUCUUGAAGGUGCCCCGAUGAUCCCAGCUCCCAAGGAGACCCCCAGUGUAAGAAUAAAGCAUUUUUCUGGCCCUGGCCCCAGA